UAUAAACCGUCGCCGUUCCAUUUAUGUUCCAACUUUUAGUAGGAAUAACCUAGCAAAGUGUUGAUGAUGAUGACAAAGACAAAGAUGAAGACUUUUAAAUAGUUAGAUCAAAUAACGAGGUUGUAUCUUGAUUUAUAUUUGGUGAUUUGGGACAGUAAAUGUUUGUUUUUUUGCCACUUGUGUUAGACAGAACUCUUAUCAAUUGUCGUUGAACAGCAACUUUAUGUGGACCACAUGACAUUUUCCUACGUAUUACCAAUAGAAAGGUAUUUUUAAAAUUGCUCUGCUGUAGGCCUACAUCUUCAUGUUAAUGAGUAAUGGAAAAUAAGAAGUGUUCGUAGAUGUCACAGACCAGUGUAAUUUAUCCUGUUUUAGUGUCAUUUAUGGAGCCCAUGGGAGCAUAAAAAUUGACAGCGACAGAAGUCAUUGAAUGCAGUCCAACCUGUUUAGAUGAAGAUCAAAAUGAAAGGAAUGUCUGAACUCUUUCUCUUUCAUCACAUUAUUCUGCACUUUCAGAAACAGGUCUGUUUGACUCUGCCUGACUCUCUCUAUAUUAGUUUCAGUAGCCCAGUACUCGUUCAUAAUUCCAAGAUGGUAAAAUCCUGUGUUUGACUAAACACCAGCUGAAAUGACAAUCAGAAUGCUGAUUCAUUUUAACCACUGCCACUUCUUCCCUUGACUUUGGCUGUCAUGUCAAAUCUGUGUGUGACUAAUCGAGUGGUAUCUACAGUAUAGUCUACAGUAUAGAAGGAUCUCCUUGCCCCGAUGGAUGACGUGGAGCCCCUUGUGCCCCAGGGGCCAGCAGAGAAGAGGAGCCCAAAUGGCCACUGCACCCGGUGCCCCAUCUCCAGCCAGAGACCCGGUGAUUCCAAAGUGGUGGAAGACUUCAGGAGGAGGCUCAAGUACUUCUUUAUGAACCCCUGUGAAAAAUAUAGAGCCAGGGGCCGGAAACCAUGGAAACUAAUGUUACAGAUUCUGAAAAUUGCCAUCAUCACGUUCCAGUUGGUGUCUUUUGGAUUGAGUAACGAGAUGAUGGUGACCUUUAAAGAGGAAAACCUGAUGGUGUUUAAACACCUCUUCCUGAAAGAAUAUAAGGACCAACGUGUGGACAGAUACGCAGUGUACACCAAAACAGAUGUGUACGACCACAUCUAUUACGUCAUCGAUAGGUUUAUAAACCUGCAGAACCUGACGGUAGGGAACCAUGCGUAUGAGAAGAUAGAGGGCGAGUACACCCCUCUGACCCUUUGUCAGGAGUUCUUCAGGAAAGGCAGCAUCUCCCCUGGCAACGACACCUUUGAUAUAGACCCACAUGUAGACAAAGAAUGUAUUUCCGUAUAUCCUCUGGAGCCAUUGGAGGAUAAAACUUUGUCAAGAGACAUUAACUUUUCUCUGGAUUUUAAAAGGCUGUUGUCAGUAAACAUCUACCUCACGUUGAAAGCCAUCAACCUGCAGACAGUGCGCCACCACGAGCUCCCAGACUGUUAUGCCUUUAGUAUAAUUAUAAUGUUUGACAAUCGUGCACACAGUGGGAGGAUAAAGAUUAACUUAGAAAAUAAUGUUGGAAUCAAUGAAUGUAAAGACUGGAAUGUUGAAAGCACUUCUGGGAAGAACAACCACCUCUUGCUGUUUGAUUCCCUCGUCAUCCUCGCCUGCUUUACCUCUCUCAUCUUGUGCACACGCUCAGUCUGCAAAGGAUCUCAGCUCCAGUUUCAUUACACUGCAUUCUUCCACACCUACUUUGGUAAAACUGUGUCCUGGUCUGAGCGCAUGGAGUUUGUGAACGGCUGGUAUAUUCUGAUCAUCGUCAGCGAUACACUGACCAUCGCUGGAUCCGCCCUCAAAAUAGGAAUACAGACUAAGGACCUUACAAACUAUGAUGUCUGCAGUAUUUUGCUUGGGACAUCCACAAUGCUUGUCUGGGUUGGAGUUAUCCGCUACCUGGGUUUCUUUAAGAAAUAUAACAUCCUAAUUCUGGCCCUACGGGCAGCGUUUCCAAAUGUGAUCCGCUUCUCCUGCUGCGCUGGCUUGAUCUACCUGGGCUACUGUUUCUGUGGCUGGAUUGUUCUGGGGCCGUAUCAUGAGAAAUUCCGGACCUUGGACAAGGUGACGGAGUGCCUGUUCUCUCUGAUCAACGGUGAUGACUUGUACUCCACUUUCCAGAAGAUGAGAGAGAAGAGAUACAUGGUGUGGCUGUUCAGCAGGCUCUACCUCUACUCCUUCCUCUCUCUCUUCAUUUACAUGGUGCUCAGUCUGUUCAUUGCCCUCAUCACAGACACAUACGAGACCAUCAAGCAACACCAGAAGGACAGAGUCCUGGUGUCCCAGCUGAAGGCCUUUGUGGCUGAGUGUAGAGACCAGCCUGACUCUGGGAAGUACAAGAUAGACAAGGAACCCACCUGCUGCUGCUACUGCUUUGGAUAGACCCUAUAAAGUAGCCGUGUGUGUGUGCGUGUGUGUGCGUGUGCGUGCGUGUGUGUGUCUGUGUGUGAGUCAUAUGUUAGUAGGCAUUAAAGCUCUAUUCAUGUGUUGGGAAAUGUAUUUUGAAAAUUGUUUAAAGUUUGUAUAUGUUGAUCAAUAGUAUACUUUUUUAUAUUUGAUUGUAUUAUGUAAUUAUGUAUGAACAAUUAAAUUUCACAAUGGGUGGUAUUUUAAUGUAACGUGAUAUUGUUUGUGCUUGCAUUUACUAGGUAACAUAGUAGAGGAAAUGUAUGCAUUCACUCAUAUCACUCAUAGGUAGGCUAAAUCAGUGGGCUAAUGGCGAGUUUCCAAUUAGGGUUUAUCCUGGUGUUUCGCCCAAAAGACAGAUUUUUCGGUUUCCGUCUACAUGGGCCCGGCACCCGGAUCUCACUGGGUCAUGGCUCCGAGGGACAUGCCCAGACUUGGAGCCAAGCCCAGGCCCUAUAUUAUAUUAUUACUGUGUACUUUUCGGCUUUAAUUUACAUAACAAUGGCUAACAGUGAACUUCAACACCUUCUCAUAAAGCAACUGUCUUGAAUGAUGCAGAGGUUGUUGAUUCUGCUCGCCCCAAGUCUUUAGUGUUACACUCCUGAUGGAAACACAAUUACACUAGAGCAGGUGUUCUCAAACUUUUGGGCUUGGUGGACCAAUAUAUAAUCUGUGUGGUGGGUCACGGGCCAAACAAAUAGACAUUAUGUAUUUAGAGAUCGUGACCAUGGGACUAUAAAGGUCUGUCUACGCAAAGCAUAGUUCUGAAAUAAAGUUGAUCAACAUUCUCACA